AUGAUCUUAUUUACGCAACCUUUACAGCGCCCAAUUCUCGCACUCUAUGGUUCCGCGUCUCUAACCUCUGCCCCCUGGCUUCCUUCUUCCUCUUUUCCACCCGCCAUUGUGGUGAUAGGGUUGCAUUGCUUUUACAAUGUCGUCCCACAAGACUUUCAAGAUCAAGCGGUUCCUUGCUAAGAAGCAGAAACAGAACAGACCUAUCCCACAGUGGAUCCGCAUGAAAACCGGAAACAAAAUCAGAUAUAACUCCAAGAGGAGACACUGGAGAAGGACCAAGCUCGGCUUGUAAAUAUGGUUGUUUGGUUGCAGAAACAUCCAGUGGGUUCUUUGUGAAGACAUCAAACAUCUUGUGAUAAAAAUUGUCAUCUUUUUGUAGCAAUAUAUGCUGUUUUCAUUGGAAAAUAAAUGAAUAUGUAAAAUCAGUAUGUUAUAGAACUGUCCUUUUUCCAAGUGUUUCUGGGCCUGUUUAAAAAGCAGGCACUAUCAAGCUUACAAUAUUAAAUGGUUCAAUGUAAA